CGAUACCAUUGUACUAGUUUUGUGGUAGCCAUCUUAACUUUUGGCGUCGAAAAAACGUCGAAAAAACGGAUUUUCGCCAGUUUUUUGCAUUUAGAGGAAGCAGUUUGAAGUGGUAGUGCACGCAACGUGUGUGUUGAGACUUGGAAGCGGUUCAAUUCUACAGCGCGCUUAUUUCCAGUACAGUACAAUGUCAAUGUCUGCCACGUGCUACAAGUGCAACCGGCCGGGCCACUUUGCCCGGGACUGCAGUCUUGGUGGCGGCGGCCCUGGUGGUGGAGGAGGCGGCAUGCGCGACGGUGGUGGUGGUGGCGGCAUGCGCCGCAAUCGUGAGAAGUGCUACAAAUGCAACCAAUUUGGGCAUUUUGCACGUGCCUGUCCAGAGGAGGCUGAGCGCUGCUACCGCUGCAACGGCAUCGGGCAUAUCUCGAAGGACUGCACUCAAGCCGACAAUCCAACGUGCUACAAGUGCAACAAACCAGGCCAUUGGGUUCGCAACUGCCCAGAGGCAAUCAACGAACGCGGAACGACCAAUGUGUCGUGCUACAAGUGCAACCGCACCGGUCACAUCUCGAAGAAUUGCCCUGAGACGUCGAAGACUUGCUAUGGUUGUGGCAAGAGCGGCCAUCUGAGACGCGAAUGCGAUGAGAAAGGUGGACGGAACUAGAAGCUCGAAUGCUACAAUUACCGCCCUUCAACUUAAUCAUCGAAAAGAAAAAGUUACACAAAAAUGAAAAAUCAAUUUGCUAUAACAUUCUCACAACCCAACAACCAUGAGCAGCAGAAUGCAGCCUAACCCUGCUAGCAACCAAGUCAAGAUCAGUCCUAAACCAAAUGAUCUAGAAAAAGUUCCACAAGACCUACAUAUACUAUACACACAUACACAUACAAAAACGCAUACAACCUAACAUACACAUACAAGCACACAUACACACACGACAUAAAGAAGAGCAAUCUAUCUAUCCAUCAUCUAACCACCACUCUUACAACAUCUCUGAUUCCAAGCUGAGCCUGCAGCGCGGUGCCAACGUUCCAAACCAGUAGAAGAGGCGAAAAUUCGAGAAGGAGCACGACGGGGGGGUGCUGCGGCGGCGUCGUCUUUGCUGGCUUUUACCUUAAUGUUAACAUUAGUGUUAGCCCACAAAACGCUUUGCUGUGCAGCCAUGCAGCGCACCGUCUGUGCAGCCCAGCCGAUAAAGACACAUCUGAGGAAGAAGACAACCAACAACGAUGACGUCGUCGCAGCUAACUAAACUGCGACCCAAUUUGUAAGAUGAGACUAAACCCCAACAACAAAAACCACUUUAUUAUGAAUAUGCUGCAGAAGUGUUUUGAAUUUACUAUAACUACAUACAUAUAACAAACAAAAAAAUGAAAGAAUGGAAUGAAAACUAUAUAAGAAUAUAUAAUUACCUUAAAACGAAAAACACAAAAACGAAAGAAAAAAACUAUAAAACAUCCUAUUAGGAGUUCCAACAAAGAAAAAUACAACAAAAAGCAAAGAAGCAAGCCAGACGCGUUACUCCAUCCAGCUGCUGCCGGCGAGCCUUAGGAAUUAUGUGUAUGUGUACUACCUACAUUUCACUAUCAUCAAACAAGACAAACUCGCCAGGCAAGAUCUCGACCGGGGUAGCGAGCUAGCUAGCAGCAACAACAACAUUAACAUCAACGACAACAAACAAUUAUUGCAGUCAGUAGACGAAAGCUGGAGAGGAUGAGGAAGCAAACUCAGAUGUAUACUUUCAGUUGAACGAGAUAAAGCGAACUACGAAGAAGAAGAAAAAUUCAAAUAUCACUGUGAUUGUUUUUUAAUUGUAAAUUAAAAUGCUGGAGCUGCUGAUUUGAAACAAAAAAAAUAA